AUGGAUUGGGGAAAUGUAACACCAGAAGAUCUGAUCGAUGCACUUCGAGAAGUUGACUGGUCAUCUCCACCUCGACCUUUCUCUGAGUUCUUCUCUAGAUUUACUCUUCCUAAAUCCUCCGCCAAAUGGAACAGCCGCCUCAAAUGUAAUCUCUACUAUUACAGGACGAAUUACUUCAUUAUGAUCCUUCUCAUUCUGGGACUGGGAUUCCUUAGGAGGCCACUUGCUAUUGUGGCCGCUCUUUUAACAGCUCUUAGCAUUGCACUUUUGAACGAUAGGGGAAAAGUGGUUAUCUCAGAAGUAAUUAUCAGAUGGGGUGGGGCUGCAAUAGGCAUCUUGAACCAAUUCACCCUUGUCCCUUGUCAAAAUUCAUCAGGGAAUAAUACUAUCUCUGUGCCUGUAAUUAAUGGGUCAGGGCCUAAAAAGCAAGAUCAAUUUCUAUCCCUAGGUCUUGAAUUCCGGAUGCUAGUGAACAAUGUUUCUUCAUUUGGAAAUAUUUGCAUACACGCUUGA